CCCCUACCUCUCCUUACCGCGAGACAGAGAAGUAAAGUCGUUAUUCCACUUAUCAGCUCUUAAGCUUGUGGAUACGAUGACUGGCCCUGAUAAUUCGAGCAGAGCAACAAAGAGAUCUCGAGCCGGCGAUGAAACCCCAAUGAAGAACAUGCCCUUAAAUGAAGGGCGAGCGAAGAGGCGUCGCUCCUCUCACGGCAAGACUGAUACUGACUCGGCCUUUGUGUCAGGCAAACGGCAAAAGUCUGGUGAAGCAGACACUGGUGUACUCCCGCGAUCAAACAAUGCUUCUCUAGGCGGUGUCAAGAAACCAAUGACACCCCCAGAAUCCUGGACUUUAUCGAAUACUAUAGCGGGCCAAUUCAGGGACAUUGACCCAGUUCUUACCUCCGACGAGCAGUAUCUUUUCGUUGCGUUCGAGGCAGCUAUUCAUGUCUAUUCAGUUACAACGUCUCGUCUGUUUCGUACACUGCAGCUGAAACCUGGCCAUCAAAUUGUCGGAUAUGCUCUGUCACCCGGGAACCAGGAGCAUCUAUUUAUAUUUACUUCAACUGGUUCGGUGACCAAGUGGGAUUGGUUGUCUUGUGAACAGACUUCAUGCCUAGGUUCUCGCAGCAAGACAAUAUCUGUUGACUUGAGCACUUACAGCGUUGACAAUCAUAUCGGGUUCAAUCUUAUAUCUUUGCGCAAGCAUAAAGACGAGAAGAAGGAAAUAGUGGUUACUACACUGAGCGACCAGAACCCGAGUGAAGUAUCCAUUAUUCAAACGAGUGCUCGAAUCAGCCAUAUAAAGGUUGUGCGCAAUGGACAGGUCGUUGUCGCAUAUGGUAGCCAGCACGUUCUUCUUGGGGUGGCUAGUUCUGAACCCACAAGCUCGAUACCUUCGUACUCUUGGCACGAAGUGAAGGUACCCGUCAAUAUUACUUGUCUUGAUUUGCGGUGCAGUAGCAUGCCUUCUCGCGCCGAGGAACAUCCAAGCGGAAAGUCCCGCGCAGGACAGGUCGAUCUUGUUUUGGGAGAGGCCAACGGCUCUAUCUUGUUGUACCAUGACAUUAUAAGCUCAUUUGAGAAUCACUCUGAAGUAUCAAGGAAUCCAGCACCAAGACGAUUGCAUUGGCAUAGGGGAUCAGUCAAUGCCGUUCGUUGGUCAAGAGAUGGGAAUUAUAUCAUCUCGGGCGGUCAUGAAUCAGUAAUGGUAUUAUGGCAGUUGGAAACGGGGAGAAAACAUUUUCUUCCUCAUCUCUCAUCUCCGAUUUGCAACAUCACCGUCUCUUCAAGUGGAAACACUUAUGUUGUCAAGUUAGCUGAUAACUGUAUAAUGGUGUUGUCCGCCAGGGAACUGCAGCCAUUUGCCACCAUCAUUGGCUUGCAAUUAUGUCCAAAGGUGGCUGGACUUCAGGAUCGAUCAAUGUCAUCAGCUUACUGCCAGCCCCAGCUCACUACAGCUGCGCUACACCCACAGCAUCCUGAUCGAAUUCUGCUCGCCGUACCGGCUUCUCGUCAAUUGACACAAUGCGGCCGCCCGUUGUCCAAUUCUUCCGUCCUACAGACGUAUGAUAUUAACGCGAACAGCCAUCUGUCUCGUCAAGCCCUUGCACGUACAAAUGCCACGACUUUGAGUAUCAGUCCCGAGGGUUCGCAAAUAAUUGCCCCGGAUGUUACCCAUCUUAGUAUUUCUCACGACGGGAAAUGGAUGGCUACUGUCGAUGAUUGGUGUCCUUACCCACAGGACGUCGAGGCUUUAGAGCUGAGCCAAAAACAAGCAACUCAUGUUACAUUACGAGAGACUUUCCUGAAAUUCUGGAAGUGGAACGGCAUUUCAGCUGUUUGGGAAUUGGCAACGAGAGUUGAUGGACCCCAUUUUUCACGAGACGGUCCUCUUCCGGUGCUGGAUCUCGCUGCUCGACCACGAAGCUACGAAUUUGCCACCAUUGGCCUCGACAUGGUGCUACGUUUUUGGUGCCCAAGUAUUAGGAAUCGUAGUGGGUUGAAAGCAGCAAAUGAUACGGAAUCUUUGGAGACAUGGAAAUGCCGAAGUACCAUCGACUUGAGUGGAUAUUUCAUGAACUAUGCACCUGGUCAAUCAAGUGCCGCUUUCAUAAGCUUCUCCCAGGAUGGCUCAGUGCUUGCUGUCUGCGCGCAGUCGGAUGAUCCUUUGAGUACCGGCUUGACUAUUCUCAUUGAUGCGCAGAGCUGUAAUGUUCGUUACAGCAGAACUGGCCUGUACACCGGUAAACCCUGUGCAGCCGAAUUCCUAGGGUGUCAUCUGGCUAUCGCUUCGCAACAGUCUCUGUCUAUAUGGAACAUCGUUGAUGAUACAGUGAGAGUGGUCAAUCUAGCAGCAAAUGGUUCCUCUGUUACUGUGUCGCCCUUGUUGUUGGCCGUGAAUCCCACAACUGAGACAUUUGCUGUUGCUUCCCAGGAUGUGCAGGGAAACCACCCUGUGAAGAAAACACGGCAACCUCACUUCCGUGUUAGGGUCUAUGAUAUACGCUCUUUGUCCUUGAUUUUUCAAUCCCCCCUCAGCCAUUGCCCUUUGGCCUUGCUUGGUAACCCAAACUCGGCGGACUAUAUCGUUGUGGAUUCUGCGGCCAAUAUACAACGGCUCGGUAGCACGAAAAAGGUCUCUCAUUCCAACCAGCCCCCUAAUACGGCCAUUCAUCUCCAGUCCGGCCUUGCGAGUUUGUUUGGCAGCCAACCUAGGGGGACCAGCAUCCAACCCUCUAAUGGCCUCGAUUCGUCUCGCUCCAACCCAUCAAACCCGCACAGCAAAGACCUGGCUGGUGUCUUUGGUGACGUUCCUCCUUUUGUUUUGCCCCCAGCCAAUAAAUUAUUCCAGGAUGUUGUGCAUGCGCUCUCGGGCUAGUUCGCGGUUCUUGUCUAGGUCUUGCAGGAGUUGACACCGAUAGAAUUGGACUUGAAUUUGUAUUCUUAUCUAACGCGCGCGGCUUGUUGACCUCUUUUGACUCCUUGGACUUCAAUUGAGGGACAGCGCAUUCAUACGGGUUUAUUCUACAGGGAUCACUGUACAAAUUAUGCAAAAUCGAAG